GAGCGAAAUGAAGCCUACCGGCGAGCGCGCAGGAAAAACCGAAAACGUUAACACGUUCAUUCAGUCAGCGGCACACCAAUCCGGUCGAUUACCUUCUGAGCUUCGUCUGCCUGAGCGUCUCGCGAAAACCCUUCAUUCACCGUGCAAUAUUGUUGUCGACGACUCCGAUCUUUCUCCACCAAAUCCAGUAAUCUUUCGAUAACUAACUGCGAAACGUCCGAAUAGUGUUGUUUACCUCCGCGUAACGUACGCCGUCGUAAUUUAAAAAAAAACGAUCAAUAUGGCUAAAACUGUAUUGAAUCAUGAUAACACCACAACUCAUUUGGAUUACAUGAGCUCCUUGGACAUCGAUGUUGAAGCUCAAUUUGUUCGUCUCUCUGGUAUCAUCUGUACUAUUGGACCUGCUUCGGUUGCUGUGGAAACACUUGAGCAAAUGAUUGAUUCAGGCAUGAAUGUUGGUCGCUUGAACUUUUCUCAUGGUUCCCAUGAAUACCAUGCUAAUACCAUAAAAAACUUGAGACAAGCUGCUGAAAACUAUGGCAAGAAAAUUGGUGUGUAUAGUCCAUUGGCUAUUGCUUUAGACACAAAAGGCCCAGAAAUAAGAACUGGCUUAUUAGAAGGAGGUGGUUCAGCUGAAAUAGAAUUAAAGAAGGGUGAACAAAUCCGUUUAUCUACAGACAAGGCUUUUGAAAAUAGUGGAAAUGCCACUAAUGUCUAUGUUGACUACCCUAACAUAAUCAAAGUAGUGAAACCAGGCAAUAGAGUGUUUAUUGAUGAUGGUCUUAUUUCUUUGAUUGUCAAAGAAAUUGGUAGCAAUUUUAUUGUAUGUACCAUUGAAAAUGGUGGUUCAUUAGGAAGCCGCAAAGGUGUAAACUUACCCGGUGUACCAGUAGAUUUACCAGCUGUUUCUGAAAAGGACAAGAGUGAUUUAAAAUUUGGAGUUGAUCAAGGUGUAGACAUGAUUUUUGCAUCUUUCAUCAGAGAAGCAGCUGCAAUUAAAGAAAUCAGAGAAAUCUUAGGUGAAAAAGGAAAGAAAAUAUUAAUUAUUUCAAAAAUUGAAAACCAUCAAGGUAUGAAAAAUUUGCAAGAAAUCAUUGAAGCUUCUGAUGGUAUUAUGGUAGCCCGUGGUGAUUUAGGCAUUGAAAUUCCACCAGAAAAAGUCUUCUUGGCUCAAAAAGCUAUGAUUGCAAGAUGCAACAAGGCUGGAAAACCGGCAAUAUGUGCUACUCAAAUGUUGGAGUCUAUGAUCAAGAAACCUCGUGCUACUAGAGCCGAAUCUUCUGAUGUUGCUAAUGCUAUCUUAGACGGAGCUGAUUGUGUUAUGUUAUCUGGAGAAACAGCUAAAGGUGAAUACCCAUUAGAGUGUGUACGUACUAUGGCUACUAUCUGCAAAGAAGCUGAAACCGCUGUUUGGCAAAAGCAGUUGUUUGCUGAUCUAUCAUCUGCUGUCAAUGUGCCUUUAGAUGCUUCUCAUACAACUGCUAUUGCUGCUGUGGAUGCUGCUAAUAAAAGCAAAGCAGCUGCCAUUGUUGUACUCACAACAUCAGGACAUUCUGCUCAUCUUAUUUCCAAAUACCGUCCACGUAGUCCUAUUAUAGCUAUAACCAGAGAUGCACAAGUUGCUCGUCAAUGCCACAUAUACCGUGGAAUUUUACCUUUGUAUUACAAUGAAAAACCAUUAAGCGAUUGGUUGAAAGAUGUGGACACUCGUGUUGUACAUGCAAUUAACUUUGGAAAAUCCCGUGGAUUUAUUAAAACCGGAGAUCCUGUGGUGGUUGUCACUGGAUGGAAGAAGGGUUCUGGAUACACCAACACGUUACGUAUUGUGUAUGUACCUGAUCAAGAAGAUUUUUCUCUUACAUGUUAAUAACAUUAAAUGUGAUUAAAUGGGCACUAGGUUUUAAAGAAAUAAUUAGAUUACAAAGCCCAUUCAUAGAAAAAAUAAAUAUGUUUUGUUACAACUAUAUGUAUUCCAUGAUAAUUUAUCAGUUUCAUAAAAAUAUAUUAGGUGUGUAGUAAAUGUUUUAAA